GGCUGGUCUUGUUGAGGUUAAUUUCUGUAGUGUUGUGUUUGCGGAAGGCCAGAAUUUUGGUGUUGGAGUUGUUAUCAGAGAUAGCAAUGGUAUUUUUGUGGCUGGUAUGGCCAAGAAAAUUGUUUCCAGAGGGCUGGACGCAGAAAUCACUGCUAUGAAGGAAGCUAUGCUUUUUGCUCUUCAUCAAGGAGUGCAAUAUGUUAUUCUGGAAGGGGAUUCAAUCAAGCUUUGA